GUCAAACCAAGAUGUUGGCGGGUCUCUUCAGGCAAUCAAGCGUCAACGCCGGUGGGCAGGAACGUUCCAUCGAUGACGUGAGAAGCGAUACUGGAACCGGUAGCACUACAUCAAACGUUACAUUUGUGGAAUCUACCCAUGGUCGAAUGCGACGACAGCAGCGCGGGAUUGACAAGAAGGAUUUACAACGUGCAAAGAAAUAUGGAGCAAGGGCAGAUGGGCACCCGAGGAGGAAUGGUGACACCACAGGCCUUUACACCUACAAAGAUAUCGUGUACAUUGUCAACGACGUGACGGGUGAAGAAGUCACUUCGUAUGCAGUCCCAGUGACUCUGGGUCCUGUCCCUGUUACUUCAAGCAUAAUGGCGUUGCACAGGAAGGCUGAGCAGCGAAUCCGGGAUGAUUUGGACUCUUGGACUUCCAAUACUGUUUUAGUUGUGGAUGCCUCUGGUUCAAUGAAGAAAGCUGAUGUCUGGGGAACUCGUACACGGCUCGGAGCGGUUUGGCUGUCCAUUGCGCUGGACUUCGUGGCACAUAGACUCGAGAGCGGAGAAGGACGUUCCACGGAUGUCGUUUCCAUUGUAACGCUGGAAGAUAACCCUCGACUUAUUGUCAGAGAGCAACCGCUCACAUGGAUCUUAUACAAUCAGCUUGUGAACAUCUACAUGAGCAAGUCUGUUGAACCUCGAGGCCACGGGCCCUUUAUCCCGAGUCUGAGCAUUGCGGAUGAUUUGCUUGGUAGGAACUCCAAUGCAUCUUGCGCAAUGGGUCUAAUGUUCCUCUCUGAUGGAAAACCCUCCGAUCGCGGUGUUGACGAGCGCAGCGUGUGGGAGACUCGAAUCGUUAAGCGCGUUGGUGACAUUGCGAGACGACACAGACGGAGGCUAACUUUCACGGCUGUCGGAAUCGGUGACCUUGACAACUUCGAUAUGUUGCAAAGAAUGGUCGAUGAAGCAACUGACUUUGGAGCAAAGGCUUCGUUUAGCCUUCCAUCCAUGUCAUCUUCGUCGCUCGGAGAGACUUUCACGUCCGUGGCAACCUCAGUAUCAGAAACGCAGACAGAAUUAAAAGACCCUGUUUCGGGCAAGCAGAAAAGAGUAAAAGAAGUACUCAUGGAGUCUAAAAGGGAGGCUAGCAAAGAGAUCACAGAGAUUUCAACCGACAAGUUUUGGAUUUAUCGACUUGACCAAGUCAAGAGAACUGUCUACAAGGAGUGGUUUGAUGAAGGGCGCAUGCACAAAGCCUACGAGAGAGUCCCCUUAGAGAGCCCUGAGGCAUCCUUCGUUGCCUUUUGCAAGGAGCCUUUUGGCGAAGGUGCCGAGCGUCUUGCCUACCGUUUCUUCGAAGUUGGGAACGAUAGACAGACGAUAGUCGGAAAGCCGCUGGUGGCAAAAGAAAGUCGAAUGAUGUGGGAAUCCCGUGCGGGGGAAACGGAAAGGAAGAGUUUCGUGAGGACCUUUUGCUCCACACAACAACUGGCGCGACGUCUUGCUACUGAGUUCAACAGGAGACUAGAUUCGCUCAGGCGAGUCGACAAAGACACUCCCAGAGUACGUUUCCUGGACUGCUCGGUGUAUGAAUUAGACGACAAGGUUGGAGGGACGUCGAGUGUUUUAGUAGAGGAAAAGAUUGAUCACUUUCAAUGGACGAAGUGGAAUGCCAACAAUGGCUACGUUCAGGGAAAAGUGGCACCAAAGUACAAUGAUGAUAGUUUGCGGGCAGCGAUGCACAAGCUAACGUUGGUUGAAAUGGACAUGAUCGAGGAAGGUAGUGAGGAGGAAGACGAAGAAGAAGAGGAGGAGAACGAAGAAGAAGGAAAGGAAUCAAGCAAAUGGAUUCGGUGUGAUAAGGAUACGGCGAAACUGUUCACACCGUUCGAAGUCGCCCAAGCAUUCUCUCACUACAGCUACUUGGCUUCUGGCAAGAAAAGGCUUGUUUGUGAUCUACAGGGUAUGCACGAUUCCGAACGCAAAGAGCUCGUUUUCUCGGACCCUGUCAUCCACUAUCAUAACCCAGGUCGUCAAGGUCGUCAGAAUGUGCAUGGAUCCACCGACCGAGGAAGAAAAGGUAUGGCAAUGUUCUUUGACACGCACCACGAGCAUUGCGGCCAUCUUUGCAAACUGGUAAACAGAGGUUUCCGACGACGGUAUGAUCAUCGCCGCCGCGAGCCCCGAAAUGCCGCCACCAGCACCCAAGAGGCUGCGUAAACGAAACGGCACCCAUACGGUAUGCCUCUUCAACCCCCAUCACCACGAUUACACGGUAGAAAUAUCGCAGGUAAUAUCUAGUGCUUAUUUGACGCAUGCAUGAUGCUUGUGA